ACGCUAUGAGUGUGAUGAUGGCUAUGCAUCAAUGGGAGAGACCAUCUCUAAGUGUGACACACAAUCCUGGAUUUACCCAGAAUGCAUUAGUAAUAUUUAUUCAACAAAUUCUACAUUUCAUUUCAGAAGAAGGUAACAAAAGGUGUCAGGAUGGGAGAUUGGAGACGCCUCCAAAGGGUCCGAUUAGACGUUGUCUCUCGAAGAGCCUUGCGAAUUGACACCAGAGAUUUAUGAGGAGUACAACAUACAACCUCUGCAAAGAAAAUAUGUAAGACACGGUGAAAGCGUUUAACAUGAUUGUAAGAAUCAAUGGAUGUUUGGAGUUUUGAGAGGAAAAUACACAGAUGUGGUGUCGUGCUCUGAUGGGAAGAUAAAAGUUGAUAAUAAAUGUGACAAAAGACAUUAGACAAAAUAAACUCACGUGGACACACUGAGGUAAUGCAAAUACUGGUCGUCAAAUAUUUGCAUGACUGAACAUUCUUCAAAUGAACCACAGAACAGAUCACAGCGCUGGAAAAUGGAGAUAUAUCCAAUAAUCAUCUGUUUGAUUUUAGGUUUAAAUGCACUUGGAUCCUCAAACGCUGCAGAGAAAACAUGCACAGUACCUGACAUACCACAUGGGACUGUUGAGUUACUCAAAGUGUACAAGAAAGAUGACACGCUAGAAUACAAAUGUGAUAGGGGAUACAAACCCAGACAGGGAACACCAAGAUGCACAGAGAAUGGCUGGAGUCUAAAGCCGGAGUGUGAAGAAAUAACCUGUGAACUCAAGGAAAUAAAAUAUGGAAUAAAAGCAAUUGAACCCGAGGGAAAAACUUUCUUUCGAGCUGGAGAAACUGUGCAAAUUAUCUGCUCUGAAAGAUUCAGGAUAUUCUGGACAAAAGAAAGCACACAAACAUUUAAAUGUCAGAAUGAUGGGCAAUGGGACAACAAUCCUACUUGUGAGGAGAUUAGAUGUGUAAUUCCACGUGACAGUCGUCUUUAUUCUGCAAGUUACUAUUUCUACGGCAAUAUGAAAUUGGAUGUGACAAGAUCUUACAGGUGUUUGUCUGAAUAUCGUCAAAUGGCAGCCGAGGCCACAUGUACAAGAGAUGGUUGGAAACCAGAUCCACUGUGUGCUGACAAUACCUGUGAAGCACCAAACAUCCCAAAUGCACAGAUUGUGAGUCGUAAACGCACUAACUACGAUGUCAAUACAAGAAUAAAAUACAAAUGUCAUCCAGGAUUUGAACCCGAGCGACUCAUAGAAAUCACCUGUAAUUCUGCAGGCACAUGGAUAAACAAACAGAACUGCGUUGUAAAGGAAGGUUCUUGCACAACACCAAUCUUGGAAAACGGGUACAUAGAAAGAGAUCCCCCUACAGAGGACACUAUCUUUUAUUCAUGCAACACGGGUUAUAAACCAUUAACUGGGAAAUGGUGGGGAGCAGCAACAUGCAUCAAUGGCCGUUGGUCAAAUGAGCCGAGAUGUAUCCUGGAUGAAGAGGGUUGCGUCAGUCCUCCAAAAGUUGAAAACGCAGUCAUCAUCUCUAAACCUCAAGAAUGGUAUUCAUAUGGAUCCCAUGUAAUCUACAGAUGUCAAACACAUUUCACAAUAAAGGGGAAUAGCAGAGUUUCUUGCCACAAAACAGCUUGGGACGAAGCACCAAAGUGUGAAGAGAGAUCACCAACUGUUUGUUUAAAGCCUCUUCUGACGGUAAACAAUUGCAAACUUAUUGAUGAAACACAAGAUGAGAGGAAAUAUUCUCAUGGAGACACAAUACGCUAUGAGUGUGAUGAUGGCUAUGAAUCUAUGGACGAGACCAUCGCUAAGUGUGAUGGACAAACUUGGAUUUACCCAGAAUGCAUUCGAAAAGCUCAGUGUACCAAACCGACAAAGAACUUGCAGUAUGUGACCCUGUUAGAUGAGAAAAAUCUAUUCAACAACUUUGAAACUUUGAGAUACAAGUGCAAUAAACCAUAUGACAAAAUUCCAGGAGGAACUUUGACUUGUAGAGAUGAAAAAUGGAUUGGAACGAUUGGCUGCACAAGCAGCAUUUGUCCUCCACCACCUGAAAUUGAAAAUGGAGAUUUUAUCACUAAGGAUAUGACCGGUGAGGUCAUCAUGGAGGUAACAUACUCUUGCCAAUCUUACUAUGUGCUGAAUGAACAGAGAAAACAUUACAGGUGUAGAGAUGGGAGAUGGGAAACCCCUCCAAAAUGUCUGAAGCCAUGCAAACUUACAGAUGAGAUUUAUACUGAUUACAAUAUACAACCCAUCAGAGUUAACUACGUGAAGCACAGUGAUCGAGAGAUUUCAUUUAAAUGUAAUGAGGGAUGGAAUUCUGGAGAUUGGAAAAGAUCAGAUUAUGUGAAGGGAACAUGCUCUGAUGGGAAGAUAAAUAUACAUAAAAAAUGUAAUGAAGAAAAUUGGACAGGCUAAGGUGAACACUGAGACCUGAAGAUUUCUGAUGUAACCAAAGCAUGAAGAUGGACAGACACACAGAGACGAGAACACAUAAAUGCAUCUAUGUUGCUGCAAUCUACAUGUUUAUCAAACAGUUUCAUGGUUAAAAUAAUCUUAAAUAAUAUAAAAUUCUCACUUCAGAAUAAAGAUUCACAUUUAAACUGUU